GCGCAGGAUCCCAAGGAGACAAGAGAGGACGAGAGCUGGAGGGGGUUUCGAAGAGCGGCGAAAGCUCUACAGGGCGUUGGGUAGGAAAGAGGGAGCAUUCCUGGAGGUGAGACGGUAUGAAACUGGAGCUUGGAGGGGAGCCUGGGGCAGAAAUGGGCGAGAUGAGAGACACAGUAUGGGUUGUGUGAGGUCUGGUCAGUUGGUAAGACUCGGAGGUGUGACGUUCCCAGGUGGGAGAGGCAGGUUGAGAAGGAAGGCUGGGAGUGGAGAAGGGGUCCUAGGGAGAUGUCCAGGGGUGGUCAGAGGGUGGAGGAGAGUUGAGCUGAAAUCUAAUGCCAAGUGAGGAACAGGCAGAGUGGGGAGUUCACUAGGCAGUGGGCAGGUGGGUUGAGGUGUGAGGCUGGUAUAAAGAAGUGAAGCAGGGGCCAGGUGGAUGUGGGGAUGAGGCUGGUUGGGGAGGCAUCUCAAAAGUGAGGCCAGCGCAGACUGAGGUUGGUCCCAGGGAAGGAAUCCCACAGUAGGUCCUAAGCUUGGUCAGGGGGUUCCCCCCAUGGGGGAAGCCUCUCCCUGGUGGUUGCUGGAGCCAUGCUGUCCCGCAAGGGCAUCAUCCCUGAGGAGUAUGUGCUGACAAGGCUAGCAGAAGACCCUGCAGAACCCCGGUACCAUGCCCGUGAGCGGAAGGCCCGCUUCGUGUCCAAGAACGGCAACUGCAACGUGGCCCACAAGAACAUCCGGGAGCAGGGCCGCUUUCUGCAGGACGUGUUUACCACCCUGGUGGACCUCAAGUGGCCAUACACGCUGCUCAUCUUCACCAUGUCCUUCCUGUGCAGCUGGCUGCUCUUUGCCAUGGUCUGGUGGCUCAUUGCCUUCUCCCAUGGUGACCUGGCCCCUAGCGAGGCCCCUGGCGACGGUGCCACUGUGCCCUGUGUCACCAGCAUCCACUCCUUUUCAUCUGCUUUCCUUUUCUCCAUUGAGGUCCAGGUGACCAUUGGUUUCGGCGGGCGCAUGGUGACAGAGGAGUGCCCUCUGGCCAUCUUGAUCCUCAUUGUGCAGAACAUCGUGGGGCUCAUGAUCAACGCCAUCAUGCUGGGCUGCAUCUUCAUGAAGACUGCCCAGGCCCACCGGCGGGCCGAGACCCUCAUCUUCAGCAAGCAUGCAGUCAUUGCCCUGCGCCAUGGCCGCCUCUGUUUCAUGCUGCGUGUGGGCGACCUCCGCAAGAGCAUGAUCAUCAGCGCCACCAUCCACAUGCAGGUGGUGCGCAAGACCACCAGCCCUGAGGGCGAGGUGGUACCCCUCCACCAGGUGGACAUCCCCAUGGAGAACGGUGUGGGUGGCAAUAGUAUCUUCCUGGUGGCACCCCUCAUCAUUUACCACGUCAUUGAUGCCAACAGCCCGCUCUAUGACCUGGCGCCCUGUGACCUGCACCACCAUCAGGACCUUGAGAUCAUUGUCAUCCUGGAAGGCGUGGUGGAAACCACGGGCAUUACCACCCAGGCACGCACCUCGUACCUGGCCGAUGAGAUCCUGUGGGGCCAGCGCUUUGUACCCAUCGUGACUGAGGAAGAUGGCCGCUACUCCGUGGAUUACUCCAAGUUUGGCAACACCAUCAAAGUGCCCACACCGCUCUGCACGGCCCGCCAACUUGAUGAGGACCCAAGCCUGCUGGAUGUCCUGACCCUUGCCCGUGGGCCCCUGCGCAAGCGCAGCAUGGCUGUGGCCAAGGCCAAGCCCAAGUUCAGCAUCUCUCCAGAUUCCCUGUCUUGAGCCCUGCUCCCUUGGGCCCUCCUCCGCAUGUGUGUGUGGGGCAGUGUGGCAUGGUAUGUAGAGCGGAUGUGGUGUGGACCCCUUGGCCAGGCCCGGACCUGGUGUGAUGCUAGGCCCUCCUCAGCUCUGCCUUCCUGCCUGCUGCUCGCCCAGGGUGUUACAAGGAACUUGUCACUACGCUAUUUCUGGCCUCAGCGGGAGCCUGUACUGGGUUAUUUUUGUCCCUGCUCCUCCCAGCCCCAAGUCAGGACUGGCUCAUCUCCCUCCUGCUGCCCCAGGCUGGGGGAGCUGUGGGAAGUAUCAGGUCCUAAAGCUGGGUCUCCAUCUAGUCCUGGGCCCCCACAACCAACUGGCUGCAAGCUGGGCAGGUGGCUGGGGGAGAAGAGUCCCCAGAUUGGAGGACUGCUGUUCUAUGUCUGUGGCCCCAAGAGAUGCCUGUGGUCAGGCUGCAGCCCCUACCUGGUCCCUGAAAAAAGCGAUGGAUGAAAGGGUGGGCCCAGCCUGUUGGGGAGGUCAGUCAGUGUGGGAGCACAGUCCAGCCGGCGGGUUGGAGGUGUGGAGCCUACACGGGCAGGCUGGGGCUGACAGGGCUCCCUUCCACCCGGCAGGCUCAAGCAGGAAGGACAUGUCACCAGAAGGUUCAGCUUGCUGAGCUCUGCUCAGGCACAGGGAAGGGGAGAUGGGCCCCUGUGCCCCUCACCCUAAGGCUUCUUCACUGAGGGGCUCCCUGGGCUGCUCCCUUUCUGUCCCCUGCCCUGGGGAGCAGGAGUGGCUGGGGAAGACCCUGGAGUGCCAAGCUGAAAGAGGCUGAGGAGAGGCCAGGGGUCUGUGUCCACCACACUUGACAGGCCUCAGACCAUACUCUGGUCCUGGCUCCCCACCCGUGGCUGCCACUCACUUGGUCCAGAAGCCAUGGAAGGUCUUUGGGUUGCUAGAAAAGGAGAUGCUGGAAAGCUCAGGAUGGUGGGGUGUGGGCGAGAUCCCCAAGGCAAAGAAGCCCUUGGUCCUGACAGGCCUGACCCCAAGCUGGACUCUUGGAGCAGUGCUGUGUGUACUUGCCCAGAAUUUUGUCUUCUCCAUUGUCAAUAAAG